AACGAUCUGAUCGCUAUAGAUCUAGUUCUUCUCUUUCUGGUUGAAUGGGCUCUGUAGACAUCUACACAGUAUUCAUAAUUUGUCUCUAGUAGACUGCACAUGAUAAGGCUCUGUGUCAACAGUCAUGAAUACUUCGCCCAGUCAGAAAAGGUUACACAUGUCUGGAGGUGCAGAUAUUACCGCGGGUCUAGUUCAGAGAGUUUGAAUUGAAUACACAAAUUUCAAAGGAAAUCUUGCGGAUAAUUUCAAUGGCGUCGCUCAAUACAGAGUUGCCUUCCUUACUCAUAGCGACAUUUUUAAAAAACUCAUUUUCAAACCUUGGCAGAAGUAUCACAGCUCUCUGCCCCUUCAAUGUUUUGGAUUUGAAUGUAAAUACAAAUGACUUUCAAGCUAUUCACUGCACUUUAUUAAUGGAGCCCAGCGACUGGUAGAAAUGUGUAACCUCUAUUGGCUACGCUCUUGGAAAUUUCACUCAAUGAAGAUGAGAACCUCCAGGGUGCUCAAGUUCAUCAUUUUGUUUGCAUUUUGUGGCAUGUCGACUGUUUCUAUUUACAUACUUUUGGAAUUUUUACCAGAGCUAGAAGCUCCUCAGGAUCUUGCUCUUCACCGUCUUGUUGCAUUCCCCAAGUCUGUGGUUGCACUGAAAACUACUCAAAGUGUAACUUUUCAAAACUUGGGAACAAUAAUCAAAGAAAUAUCUAAACCUGUGGAAACAAACCAAGGUUUGCACAUAGGUUUUGACAAUAUAGGCAACAAACAACGAUAUUUAAUAUACAGGUGUGACACGGGGAAAAUGGGAAACUGUUCUGAUUGGUUUGACAUAUUUAAAGGCAUAGAAACCAGUUACCUUAUCGCCAAUUUAACUGGUCGAAUAUUUAAAGCAGAGAUUCACGGCUUACCGUGUAAACUUGAAGACUUCAUGGCACCAUUAAACGUUAGUUGGAGUCUCAAGUCAUCGUUCCACUCAGUGCUGAACAAAGGCAUGGCAGGUGUUGGCCUAAGAAUUAUGGACAACAAUCACCCAUUUUAUAAUAACAUACAGACAAUGAAUUGGACUGAGUUUGCUCAAGAACAUUUCGAUUAUGUCUAUUUCAAAUCUAACCUGGAUUCUAUUCCUGGAUUCCAAAACAGUGUUCUGUACAAACAUGAACUAUCGUGGAUGUUUGGUGUCAGAAAGGAUCGCAUUCACGCAUUUCUGUUUCAUCGUCUGUUUACACUGAGUCAUCGACUCAAAAAGACAUUAGACAUAUACAUUUAUUCUAUUCUGCCGUCGAAUGAACAUAAACUACUAUGUGUGGACUUAACCACUCACGUGACCAACUCUCAGUUUAAUGCCCAGCAGCUAACGAUGGUUUGGAAUUUUCUGAGAAUUCAUUCGGAGACCAAUAUUCAUAAGAUCUUUUUGUUGACGGAUUCCUGGGAAGUUUUGUCUAGAGCAAGACGUGAGCGAUUUAAAGAUCGACUUGUUGAAAGUCCAAUGUUGAGUUUAAGAAGAGACGACCCUCUACAACAGGUGUGUGACCGGCUAGAAGCUCAAAUAUUUCAUCAGCACUUGAUGGUCAACUGUGACAUUUUAGUGGUCAGCAAUUAUGGCAUUGGUCGUCUUGCUGCCUAUUUAAGAAGAACAGAUGACGGGUUAUUCUGUUUAACAAGUAAAGGUCAGAUACAUCCUUGUAUUGCCGAGUCUUUUCAUCACUUUUUUCCAAGUCAUACAUGAAUCAGGAUGCGAGAACAUUUCUAACAUAGUUUACUGCAGGAGAGAGUUCAAAACAUUUCUAGCAUAGUUUACUGCAGGAGAGAGUUCAAAACAUUUCUAGCAUAGUUUACUGCAGGAGAGAGUUCAAACGAAUGUAUCGUAUGCCUAAGUUUAGAUAUAUGCAAGCUUUUUCAUAACAAUAAACCAUUUGAAAACAAUUAUUAAAGAACCCAUACGUUUGAUGUAUAGGCCUACUAUUAAAUGAAAGAAAUUUAAAAAAAUGCCUGUUUACAUGCAUUGCUUACAAAUCAACGGACCCAUAAUCAUUGGCUAAAGGAACGUUUCCGCUGAUCGACUAAACGUGGAUGUAAGGUUUCGUCCUGCAAUGGGCAUGCAGAUAUUUGGCAUGCUAAGUCAAACAUUACAUUUAAUCAAACUCUACGAUUUCAUCUAUUAUGUUGAUAUUUAUAAUAAAAAACAAACAAAAACAAA